AAGUUUGCUUGGCUUCCGGCACGGCCGCUGGUUCCAGGCCUUGAAGUGGGCCACUGGUACUCUGACUGAAAAAGUGAGGGCAACAAUUGAUUCCACCAAACAUGAUAAUGGUACGACUACCACGGUCAGCUUGCUGUUCGGAGUACCCACCAAAGAAAUCAACCAUCAUUCGAUCCGUUGUCUCAUCAACACUACUUCAGGUCUAUUGAAAGAGGAAACCCUUCCCUUCACUGUACAGGUCUACUUUUCACCCUUGGAAGUGAACAUUAGUGAAAGAUCCCCAGACUCAUUUGAAUGUGUAGCUGAAGCCAACCCAAAUGCAAACUUUACCUGGAGCAGAUCGGGCCAGGUGUGGCCUCAGUCUGCUGCCAGAGCAGAGGGUUCAAGGCUACACUUACUGAGCAUUUCCUCUGAACUGAAUGGCCUCUACCAGUGUGAAGCAUCUAACAUGUAUGGAAGGAAAUACAGUCACCUCUAUGUGCACGUGACUUCAGGUUGGGAUUGACUUGCUUGUGGGCUUUUGUC